AUGAAUGAACAAAUGGCAAAUGCUACUGCUUCGUGGCGUGUUUUUGAUGAUAUUACAUAUAAGAAAACAGAAACAAGUACAAUAGUUGAUUAUUCAUCUAAAUUUCGAGAUCUUAGUAGUUCAACUGGUACAACAGUUAAUCCACUUGUCACUAUGGCUCCAUGUGGAGGACCUAUUGCUUCUGUAUAUAAAAGAUCAGGAACAGGAUCAAAUGAUGUUAAAUAUACAGUUAUUGUACAAAAUCUACCCAAACAUAAUAUGAAAUUAAGAGAAUUUGAUCGAGGUGUACUUAUACUUGUUGAUUGGACAAUUAAUGAAGAUCUAUUAUUGGUAACUGAAGAUGGUAAAUAUCAUAUUAUGGAUAUAUUUCAUUAUAAUACAAGUAAUGAUAAAUCAAUUACACUUAGUGAGUCUGUAUCAACAAUCAGUAGUGCAUGUACAUUCAAAACAAAUUCCGGUACAGGAUUAGUAGCAUUAAGAAAAAAUCAAGAUGGUUUUGUAGCUGUAAAAAAUGUUUAUCUUCCAAUUAUUCAAACAAUAUCACUUAAUCUGGAUCCUCGUUCAGUAAUAUCAGCAUGGUGUGUAAUUGAUCAUGCUGAUAUAACACUUGCUUAUGCUUAUGAAAAUAUUAUAGUAACAUGUAGUACUAUAUCAUCACGACGAGAUUCACAAACAAUUCCUGGUAUUACUGAUACAAUUGUUAAAUUAAUAUCAAGUAGUAAUUAUAAAAGUAUUGCUAUGUUAAAAGAUAAUGGUGAUGUAUUAAUUGGAUUAAAAGAAAAUCUUGGACAACCACAAGCAUUUAUAUUAAAAUAUACAAGUAAUAAUGAUAAAAAUAAAAUUACUGAUAUUGCUUGGUGUGGAUCAGAUACUGUUAUUGGUAUUCGAUCAAGUUCAAAAACUUGGUUUGAUUUACUUAUUAUUAAUGGCAAACAUUCACAAUCAAUGACUGAAAAAAGUCAACAAGCAAUUACUAAUGAUACUCUAUGUUAUACUUCUCCUGUAUGGUUGUCAACUGAAAUCGAUGGUGUUCGAAUAAUAUCUGGUCAAACACUUGAUUUUUUUCAACGUUUACCAGAUGAAGUUUUUAAUAUUUUUGAUCUUCUAUCAAAUAGUCCAGGUGCAAAACUCUAUUCAGCUUAUAUGGAUUAUAAAUAUGAAAAUCAAAUGGCUGAAAUGUUACUUAAUCAAUUAAAAUCAUCUCGAUCAACAAAUGGACUUGAAGAAGCUGUUAAACAAUGUAUAGCAGGAGCAUCAAAUGAACAAGAUCCAUCUAUUCAAAAAAUUUUACUUAAAGCUGCAUUAUUUGGUCGUGCAUUCUUAUCUGUUAAUUUAAAUAAUCCUAAAAAUUCUAUUCGUCCAACUGUAUCAUUAAUUAAUGAUUUAUGUACAAAUGUAAUUCGUGAUUUACGUUUAAUUAAUAAUUUACAACAUAUUAAUAUUUCAAUGCCAAUUACAUAUAAACAAUUUGAAUUGAUUGGUUCACAUAUUCUUAUUGAUCGUUUACUUCGUCGUAAUUUACAUGAAUUUGCUACAAGUAUAACAAAAUUAUUACGUAUGCCUCCCGAAGAAGGAGAAAAUCGUAUUUUAGUACAAUGGGCUGUUCAAGAAGUUAGUUUUAGAUAUUUAUUUUUUUUUGAAACACGAUCUAAAAGGAAUGUUGAAUUGUAGAGGUAGAAACUGUAUCCAUAGUUUAUUACUGCAGAGGCACUGCAAUUUUAGGUUAUUUCUUAAAUGAAUGUUAUAGUAAUAGAAAAAAUGAAUUGUCGAAUUUUGGCUUACUAUGAAAUCUCAUGUAAAAAGUGCAAUAUCUCCGUAGCAAU